AUGACUACCCAGCGUCAAGCAACCGACGCUCGCUUGCGUGAGCGUGUUCAACAGGCAGCCAACGCCAGGGACGCCACCCGUCGCCGUAAACGAGACGCCAAGUCUCGAAAGCGACAGGCGAAACGCCUCGGCCACGGGCGUGCCGCCAGACCUUUGGCGUUUGCUCCUGUCGUCAAGCAGCGUCCCAUCUUGGCCUUCAACCACAGCCAAGGAAGGAUCGACGGACAUGAUACACCACACCUGCUCGACGACAUUCACCAUCCUUCCGUUAUGCACAAGUGCCUAGCAGACUUCGACACCUUUAUGGUCAACUCCAUCCGCAGGACAUCUUGUGCGGUGUGCGAUCGGUACUGCAGGAAGAUGCAUUGCAAGUUGGUAGCCGUCAAGGACUUGCCCCACAAAUACUUGCUCGUCGCCAACGAAAGCCUCUUGAACUGUGCGGCGGUCAGAGACGAGUUCUUCAACUACCCUGGUGAUCAUCGUAACGUGCUAGAUGGGCAUGUGCUUGCACGUCAAGGAUUUCAGCCUGAUGCGCCUCAUCACCUCCGGGUAUGUCAAGAGUGCCUCAACAGCCUGCUCAAAGACAAGAUGCCGGAGGCUGCUCUGGCUAACGGGCUGUGGCUUGGCGAUUUCCCGGACCACCUACGUGGGGCAACUUUCGUCGAGAUGAUGGCUGCGAGCCCGGUCAGGAUAAGCGGCAUGGUGUUGGCCUUAGAUGAGUUGAAGGUUGGCAACGUGCGUGGUUCCGCCAAGAGUCUCAUGCGAGGUACUUUUACGUUCUACAUGCAAGACGCCUACGGUGUGCAAUUGCGUCUCCCUGCUUGCGAUACCGACAUCGCCGGAUCAUUCACCUGUGCCCUUGUUGGUGCGAAACCUUCCGUCGGCCAGCUCCGGAAAUUGUUCGGUGCACGGCGCAAGAUGGUUGAGGAUCUCCUUGCAUUUCAGCUGGACAAGGACAACCAACUGGUAGGAGUGCACCAGCUGGCGCAGGAAGCUCAACUUUCGGCGGAAAACCUUGACACAUACAAGGAUGACGGCUCUAUACCAAAGGCGAUUUUCGACGCCCUGCUUCCCGUCAACGACUCCACCAAUGCCUACGCCAAUGCGCGCUCCACGCACGCACAUGGCAACCGCGAGCCGGACGACCAUGAGGACGGACCGGCUCCACCUGCUGCCGCUGACCACGCCGACGACGGUGCAGGUGCCACACCUCCGUUCAUCAUCGAGACCAACGCCAUCAUGCCGUCAGGAGACGAUCUCGCUGUCUCUAGCCAUGCCAAACCCGGUCGUCUCCGCACCCUGGGCGUUGUGUUGAACUCACGCCAUGGUGGUCGACCGUCUGCUGCGACAGCGGCAUCUGGUGAUGCUUCCCUGCCGCAAAUGGCGGCAGCCCAAGCUCGUGCGGCUGCUGGGCAGCCUCCUGACGGCACGCAAAAUGCCUUAGUUCUCACCCACUCUGGCCAAAUGGUCUCGGACUUCCACAACCCUGGGCUGUUCGUGGGGGCAUACUUCGAUUUGUUCCCACAUGGCGUUGGAGGGCAUUUGGACAAACGGACAAGGCCGUUGGACCUCAAGCGUUGGGCUCAGAUUCUUCUGCGAAGGCGGGAUGCUCGGUUUCGUAAGAGUCGUACGUUCCUGUAUUGCGUGUGCGCCCUGAUUUUUAGGCGGGAGGCGAUCUCAAACGCCCGGUGGAAGCUGCGUGGACGUGUGCCGAGGGAUGUCGCAUCCAGAAUUGCUCGCGUCACCGCACAGGACCUCAGGGCGGUUGCAGCUGAAAUGGAAACAGGCUCGAGUGGCUUCUCUGCUCUGGCUGAUCGUCCAGGAAUCCGAGACCUCAUCAAGAACAUGGAGUCCGUGCACGCUGGGGCAUCGUGGACCAUCUACAACAAACGUUCCACCAGAAUGAUCGCAAUAUCCUUCAUCAUGCAGAUGGGGCAGCCGUUGUUCUGGUUGACGAUCAACCCCGCAGACGUCAACAGCCCCAUUGUUAUGGUUCUUGCCGGCGUGGAGCUUGACGUCACCAGCCGCCUCAAAGCCGACUUUCCAGCUUAUGCGGACAAGCUCAGAUUCGUCGCGAACGACCCGGUUGCAUCAGCUGAUUUCUUCCACGCUACCAUCGACGCCGUUCUCACGUGCUUGCUUCGGUUCGGAGCUUGUGACGGUGAUGGCGGUGUUCUGGGACGGGUGAAGGGCUACGUUGGUAUGACAGAGGAACAGAAACGCCUUACACUUCACUGUCAUCUGCUCGUGUGGGUUUACGGCUACAACGACUUUGCCUCAUUCCGCGAGCUCAUGGACAAGACUCCGACGAGGUACUUCGAACUUGCAGAGUACCUGGACAAAGUGAUUUUCAAUCAAAUCGCCACACUCAGCGACAUCAACCACGUCAUGCGUGGUGUUCAGCCUUCGCCGGAAGUGGAGACCGACGCGCCAGCACCUCCGCCGGAUCAGCUCAUGCGUCCGGCAAAGGAGCGUAUGGCGGUUCCACCGCCGUCUUCCUGUUUUCCACGUGACGGCCAGCCGCGCAACAACGUCCACGACGACAAGUACGCCCACCUCAUGUACCUCGACUUGGCUGGCCUCACCGGUGGGGCUAACUUGCACAAGUGUCAGGCGACGUGCCGCAAGUUCAACCAUGGCGACUCCUGCAGGUUUGGGUUUGGUGACAAAGGCAAGCCCCUCGUGCAGAAGACGGUUGUACAACGCGGGCGUUGCGUUUUCGACACCGACGGAAACAUGACUAUCAAUGGCAUCGUCUAUUCUUGGAGCUCCGCAAAGGAUGCCGCGGCUGCCGCAUCAAACGAAGCCUUUCGCGCAGCUUUCGAUGCCAGUAUCGCACACUUGGUGAACGACAACGGCCUUCCCGACCCCUUGUCUGAUCGUUUCACGGCGGAGCUUCGUCGCCUGCACUCGCACAUCAACAGCUUCAACCCCGUCAUCCAGUUCGCCAUUCGCAGCAACAUGGAUCUCAAGAUUCUCUUGAGGGACAGCGACGCCAAAGGACUCUUGUUCUAUAUCCUCAACUACAGCACCAAAACGGAGCAAACUUUGGACGUGUUGCUACCUCUGCUAGCACCCGUGGCUGAACGGAUCAGAGAGCAGAGCGAUGGGGCACCCGAAAAGGAGCUCGCUGUACGGCUGGUGAGGUCGUGCCUGUGCAAGCAAUUGUCCAGCCUAAGCAUCGGUGGGCCAGCGGCAGCAAGCAAGGUUUUCGACUUGCCGGACCACAGGAUCUCCCACCCAACCGUCCCGUGCUCCAUGAGCCCGCUGCUAACGUGGGCGACGUCUAGGGACGGCCCCCUGGACGGCGAAGUCGACCGUGUCGACGACAGCAGCGACGAUGAUGAUCAAAACGACAGCGACGUCGAGGAGAGCAUCAUCAUCACGCCUUUCAAAGGCAAACUCACUGUCGCGCAACGUGUCUACUUACUCUACCUCAAGCGAUGUGACCCUAACGACACAACUAAUCCCGUGCACGGCAUGUCCUAUGUCGUGUGGCACAAACUCGUCCGACUCGAGCGAUGCUUACCAGGCCGCAACCAUCCGGCGCCGACUGAUCGUUCCGACGAUGAUUCCGAGAGUAGCGGGGAUGACGAACCCUCGGAUGCCGACGACAUCGGGGAUGACGACUCCAAUGGCGACGAUGUACCUGCAACACGGAGGCCCGCACGUGGUCGACCGAGGGCAAACCGUUUGCGCUUUGUCGGGGACUUCAAAAACAAAUGGCACCAGGUGAUGCGCGAGAAAACGGCCAUGGUCAACAUUAUGCGUGACAUCCCGAGGGCGGACACUCAGCCAGUUGCUCACGCGAGGCUGCUUCUGUGUAUGUUCGUUCCGUUCUUCAACCUGGACGACCUCAAACUCAACGGCGAGUCAUGGACCCAGGCCAUGGCUAGGAUUGACGCAUCCAACUCCUGGGAUCCCUUCUCCAAGCCGCUUCGCCUCAAUAUUAAAGGAAUGCUUGCGCAACGACUUGCCGCUGACGAGGAAACUGCAAAGCGAAAGGCAGAGCAGGCGGCGUUAGCGGAACCCAGAGACCGUACGGGCACAGACACCGACGGAGAGUUGCUCGUGGAUGACUACGGCAGCCUUGACGUCGACGAGACGAGCGUCAUGCCAGUUUCAAUCCAACGGCUAAAAACUGACCUUUUCGUUAAGGACGCCUUGCGAUCAUUUGGUGCCGGUCCCGAUGCUGCUUCGGCCACAUUGGCCAUGGCUCGACAAGAAUCUGCUCUAGAGCAAAAGAUGGGUCACCUUUCGUCUUUGGUGGAUUCUGUGGUUGAACCUUCAACAGCGUCAACCGCGACAUCCACCAACGCCGUGCCUCUUGCACCGUACCUCAUGAAACUUCGCGAUGCUGCUCACGCGGGGUUGUCGGUUGAGGCACGCAUUCAACGUAACGCCAAGCGUGACGGCACCAACGCUGCCGUCGCUAACACAGACGUCGGAGCCAUCGCAACAUCACAACAUCCCGUCGCGGUCAGCAUCGCCCAGGAAUUCGGGCUCAACCGCAAGCAGCGGCUCGCGUUUUACAUCUUCGCCAACGGUCUUCUCGCUCAGAACCGCCCGGACCCUCCGGAGGCACUUCGCCUGUACAUCGGUGGCGGCGCUGGCACUGGAAAAUCCCACGUGCUCAAAGCCAUGAAAGCCUUCAUCGACUGCCCGACACUCGCUGGUCAAAUCCCACCCGGCCGUCUCUUGACUGUUGCAUUUCAAGGCAAAAUGGCCUCUGCCGUCGCAUGGUCGGGUGCAAGCUUUUAG